AAGCCGGCCGGAUGAGAAAACGUAGAGACCGGAAAUGUGCCUGUUUCUUCCUGUCCUAAAUUCGGAGUCAGCGCCCCCUGUGGUCCGGAGGGGAAGUGACGUUGUUGCUGGGAAGAUGGCGACCGCGGCGACUAUCCCAUCGUCAGCCACGGCCACGGCCACGGCCACGGCAGCGGCUCUUGGCGAGGUGGAGGAUGAGGGGCUCCUGGCGUCGCUGUUCCGGGACCGCUUCCCCGAGGCCCAGUGGCGCGAGCGGCCCGAUGUGGGCCGCUACCUCCGGGAGCUGAGCGGCUCUGGGCUGGAGCGGCUGCGGCGCGAGCCCGAGCGCCUGGCGGAGGAGCGGGCGCAGCUGCUGCAGCAGACGCGCGACUUGGCCUUCGCCAACUACAAGACCUUCAUCCGCGGCGCCGAGUGCACCGAGCGCAUCCACCGCCUGUUUGGCGACGUGGAGGCGUCUCUCGGCCGCCUGCUCGACCGCUUGCCCAGCUUCCAGCAGAGCUGCAGGAACUUUGUGAAGGAAGCUGAGGAGAUCAGCUCCAACCGCCGGAUGAAUAGCCUGACCUUAAACCGGCACACAGAAAUUUUGGAAAUACUGGAGAUUCCUCAGCUCAUGGACACCUGUGUCCGGAACAGUUAUUAUGAAGAGGCCCUGGAGCUUGCAGCCUACGUACGCCGACUGGAGAGGAAAUACUCUUCCAUCCCUGUCAUCCAGGGCAUCGUGAACGAAGUGCGCCAGUCCAUGCAGCUGAUGCUAAGCCAGCUGAUCCAGCAACUGAGGACCAACAUCCAGCUUCCCGCCUGCCUCCGUGUCAUUGGCUACCUGCGGCGCAUGGACAUCUUCACUGAGGCUGAGUUGAGGGUGAAGUUUCUUCAGGCCCGAGAUGCUUGGCUCCGGUCCAUCCUGACUGCCAUUCCUAAUGAUGAUCCCUAUUUCCAUAUCACAAAAACCAUCGAGGCCUGCCGUGUCAAUCUCUUUGAUAUCAUCACCCAGUACCGUGCCAUCUUCUCAGACGAGGACCCACUGCUGCCUCCUGCCAUGGGUGAGCACACUGUGAAUGAGAGUGCCAUAUUCCAUGGCUGGGUGCUACAGAAAGUCUCACAGUUCCUGCAGGCGCUGGAGACUGACCUUUACCGGGGCAUAGGCGGCCGCCUGGACUCUCUGCUGGGCCAGUGCAUGUACUUUGGGCUGUCCUUCAGCCGGGUGGGAGCUGAUUUCCGGGGUCAGUUGGCUCCUGUUUUCCAGCGGGUGGCCAUCAGCACUUUCCAGAAAGCAAUUCAGGAAACAGUGGAGAAAUUCCAGGAAGAAAUGAACUCCUACACACUCAUCUCAGCUCCAGCCAUCCUGGGCACCAGUAACAUGCCUGCUGCUGUGCCAGCCGCCCAGCCGGGGACGCUGCAGCCACCCAUGGUGCUCCUAGAUUUCCCACCCCUCGCCUGCUUCCUCAACAAUAUUCUGGUCGCCUUCAAUGAUUUGCGCCUCUGCUGCCCUGUGGCCCUGGCGCAGGAUGUGACUGGGGCCUUGGAAGAUGCCCUUGCCAAGGUAACUAAAAUAAUCCUGGCCUUCCAUCGCGCCGAAGAGGCUGCCUUCAGCAGUGGGGAGCAAGAGCUCUUCGUCCAGUUCUGCACUGUCUUCCUGGAAGACCUUGUUCCAUAUUUAAAUCGCUGUCUCCAAGUCCUUUUUCCACCAGCUCAGAUAGCACAGACUUUAGGCAUUCCUCCCACUCAGCUCUCCAAGUACAGUAACCUCGGGCAUGUGAACAUUGGCGCCAUUCAGGAGCCCCUCGCCUUUAUUCUGCCAAAGAGAGAGACGCUCUUCAACCUGGAGGACCAGGCGCUGGGGCCCGAGCUCACAGCUCCAGCACCAGAGCCGCCCGCCGAGGAGCCACGCCUGGAGCCCGCGGGCCCAGCCUGCCCGGAGGGAGGGCGAGCGGAGACGCAGGUGGAACUGCCCAGCGUGGGGCCCUAGCCGGCGUCCCCUGCCUCCAGAACGCGGGCUGGACCCCAAUGGAGAACAGGUGGUGUGGCAGGCGAGCGGGUGGGCAGCCCGCAUCAUCCAGCACGAGAUGGACCACCUGCAGGGCUGCCUGUUUAUUGACAAAAUGGACAGCAGGACAUUCACAAACGUCUAUUGGAUGAAGGUGAAUGACUAAAGCUUUGCUAUUGGGGCUGAGGAUUCCGGAUACCAAGACGCAAACACUUUCACUUUGAGCUGGGCACAUCUUACUUGGCAUCAACUUGGAUGGCUCGCAUAUGACAGGAAACUGGAUUGCCAAGGCAUGGCAGACUGAGCUGGAGGAAGAUGUCAGGAAUGUUUGCCCUGAAAUCAGUUAUGGACGAAAUGUUGUCUACAACUUGAGGAGAAAAAUCACCCCCAAAGGAGUGGACAUUUCCUAACAAUUGUGUAUGGAGGAAGGUGGGGUAAUUGCAUUCGUCUGCAGUAGACACGAGUUCCUCGGACCUGUAUGAUCUACUCCCAAAGCCAAGGUUUGGUAAUAAUGUAGUCCCCAAAUAUCUGAAAGCUGUCUUUAAAAAUGCAGGUAAGCAUGUGACUGGC